CAUACCAAUUCUCUCGCUGAUCCUCCGAUCAAUCUUGUAGCAAAAAGGUUCGAAAUUUUCAGGGAAAUUAACCAUGUCGUCGCAUUGCCUCCGUUUCCUCUCCCACGGUCCGGUACAAACUAUGGCGGUCGCCGUGCCGUAUGUUUUGCGUGUCCGUCCGAACCGUGCUUCGUUUCGGCGAAGUAGAACAGCGCUGCGAGGACGUGCAAGCAUCGUCGGCACACCCGUCGGCAUACCGUCCGGAGAGGAUGAAAUAAUCGCUGCUGCUGGAAAGGAGGCUUCUGGUUUUGAGCCGUCUGUGUGGAGGGAUUUCUUUAUCAACUACGAGCCAAAACCAUUGCAGAGAUCAGAGGGAUGGAUGGUGGAGAGGGCUGAAAAGCUGAAGGACGAUGUCCGCACAAUGUUUGAGACAUGCGACAGCACAGAGGGAAGGUUGCAGUUAGUAGAUGCAAUCCAACAUCUCGGAAUAGAUCACCUCUUCAAAGAAGAGAUAGAAUACUCACUAAGUGAAAUCAAUGCAAGUGAAUUCAUUAGCUCUAGCCUCCAUGAUGUUGCUCUGCGGUUUCGUUUGCUUAGGCAGCAUGGCUUUCAUGUAUCUCCAGAUGUAUUCAACAAAUUCAAAGGCGAUGAUGGGAGGUUUGUUAGUGGAAUAACUAAUGACCCAAGGGGCUUAUUAAGUUUAUACAACGCAGCCCAUCUUCUCACACACGAUGAGCCAGAACUUGAAGAAGCCAUCUCUUUUGCAACGCAACAUCUUGCAUCAUUGAGUAGUGGAACUGAUCUCAAUCCACAUCUAAUUGAUCAAAUCAAUCGUGCCCUUGAUGUACCAUUACCAAGGACGUACAGAAGAAUGGAAACUUUGUGCUAUAUGCCGGAGUAUAGACAAGAAGAAGGGCACAUUCCCAUUCUUCUAGAACUUGCAAUGCUGGAUUUUAACCUUCUGCAGCAUGUCCACUUAAAGGAGCUUAAAGCUAUUUCUGAGUGGUGGAAAGAUCUUUAUGGAUACAUGGGUUUAAGUUACAUUAGGGAUCGCGUGGUGGAGUCCUACGUUUGGUCCUAUGUUGUGUUCUACGAGGAAGACUCAGCGCUUGCACGAAUGAUCUUUACCAAGAUAAUUGCAUUCAUAAUCCUUAUGGAUGACACUUAUGAUUCCUAUGCCACGAUCCAGGAAUGCAGGAAGCUGAAUGAAGCCAUCCAAAGAUGGGAUGAGAGCGCUACCGCAUUCCUACCAGAAUACAUUAAGAAGUUCUACAGUGCACUGUUAAAAACCUUCAAGGAGUUUGAGAUUCAUGUGGAGGAUGAUGGCCAAUACCGAAUUGAUCACACAAAAAAAGCUUUCCAAAAUCUAUCUGCUUAUUAUCUUCAAGAAGCGGAAUGGUCAUAUCAGAAUUACAAGCCAAGCUUUGAAGAGCAAGUGGCUUUGUCUACGGUAACCUCAACCGUGCCACUACUAUGUGUGUCUACUACAGUCGGUCGAGGUGAUGCACUAACGAACGAAGCAUUUGAGUGGGCAGCAAAUGAUAUUGGUGCCAAAAUAGCGUGUGCAAAGAUAACACGUUUCAUGAAUGACAUUGCGGCAUUUAAGCGUGGAAGAAAGAACAGGGGGGACGUGGUGAGCACAGUGGAGUGCUACAUGAAUGAGAACAAGGUCACAAGCGAGGGCGCCUUCACCAAGAUCGACUUGAUGAUAGAAGAUGAAUGGAGGACGAUCAACCAGGCUCUCUGUGAACAUCGUGAGCUCCUCCCAGCAGUGCAACAAGUGUUGAAUUUAGCUAUUUGCGCGACAUUCUUUUACGGGAAGAGAAAGGACGCCUACACAUUCUCCACACAUCUUCAGGAGACAGUUGAGAGUCUCUUUGUUAGGCCAGUUUCUAUCUAGACGAUACUAAUCAAUUUUUAGCCAACAGAUAUAUAGAUAAUGCCUGGGAGUUGGCACAUGAGAAGCAGGAGUACAUUCCAGUAGUGUAAUACCAUUUUUUUAAAAAUAAGUGUAAUACCGAUUUGCUUUGUACACAAAAUUUGGUUGAAUUAGUAAAUAUAUAGUGUUUGGUA